GAAAAUAUUUCCGUCGUAAGAAAGAGUAAUAUAAUUUUACUAUUUUCUAUGAAUUUCUCUAUGGUGGAACAAUGAAUAUGUCGAUGUAAAUAAACGAGCACCUUUUCGUCCAUUUUAAUUUUAGGCCCGUUGCCAUGGCUCCUACAAUGGAAAAAACAAGAAAGGGGCUUCCCGUGGUCCCGGAAUCUGUUCUCAAACACCGUAGAAGACGAGAUUUGGCCAGAGCCAAACAGGUUCAGACCUCAAUCAAAAGGAAAGCUUCCCAGAUUAAAAAACGUAAAGAAAUCUUUAAACGUGCUGAACACUAUGUCAAGGAGUAUAGGCUUAAAGAGAGAGACGAAGUGCGUCUAAUCCGUCAAGCUAAAAACCGUGGAAACUAUUAUGUUCCCGGAGAAGCCAAAUUGGCUUUCGUAAUUAGGAUAAGGGGUAUCAACAAGGUAGCCCCAAAAGUACGCAAAGUCUUGCAACUAUUCAGAUUGCGUCAAAUUAAUAAUGGAGUAUUCGUUAAAUUGAACAAAGCUACCAUCAAUAUGUUGAGGAUAUGUGAACCCUACAUUGCGUGGGGUUAUCCUAAUCUCAAAUCAGUUCGUGAACUUAUCUACAAACGUGGGUUCGCUAAAAUCAAAGGACAGAGAGUGCCAAUCACUAGUAACGAGUUGAUAGAAGAACGACUCAGCCAGUCCAACAUUAUUUGUGUGGAGGAUUUGAUUCAUGAAAUAUUCACCGUUGGUGAUAAAUUCAAGUUUGCAUCAAACUUCUUGUGGCCAUUCAAGUUAAACACACCUACUGGAGGAUGGAGAAAGAAAGCAAAUCACUAUGUAGAAGGAGGAGAUUUCGGUAAUAGGGAAGACAAAAUUAAUGAUUUGCUUAGAAAUAUGGUAUAAUCAAAGAACUUUUAAAAUA